CGGACCUUCCGUCGUGAGCUAAAAACAUACUUAUUUCUCAAGCAGGACUGGCAUAAAUAGUUGAUUUUAAAUUGGGGUUUUAGAGAUUUUAAAUAUUUGUAAAUUUUUUAAAUUAUCGGCCAUUUAUUAAUAGUUUCUUUUAAUUUCUUUUAAUUGUAUAUACUCUGUAUUUUAUUUCGGCUGUACACCGCCCUGAGUCCUUCGGGAGAAGGGCGGUAUAAAAAUCUAAUAAAAUAAAAAUAAAAUAAAAUAAAUAAAUAAGAAAUGGGUUUAUUCCCAUUGGAACACAAUACAAGAAUUAACAAUACCAUUCCAUCUACUAAUAGUUAAACAACUGCUCCACAAUAUUUUGGUACAAAAUUUAAAAGUAAUGGCAACUAGGAACACUUCUGUCAAAAGAUUCAGAUGGUGAAUGAGAAAUAUUUUAAAUUUUGAAAAUAUAUAAAGGCCAAAAAAACCACUAAUCAAAUUUAGCAAAGGAAAAGAAUGAAAACUUGAUACAUAAUUGUAGCAUUUAAUUAUCAUAAUAUCAUAGAGCUAGGAAUUUUGGAAGUCUUUCUAUCAAAUCCCAUGUUCAGGGCACGAUCCACUUGAGCAAUAUUUUUCAACCUUGGCUCAGCCCCAUGACUAGGGACUUCUGGGAGUUGAAGUCUACACAUCUUAACAUUGCCAAGGUUGAGAAAUACUAUUUUAGAUCAUAUUUUGACAAUGACCAUCCAUACUGAAGCCUUUCGGUGAAGGAGAACUUACGACUUUCUGCGGCAGCUAGUUCUGCUAACUGAUAGGUCAAUCAGGACAUUCUUUCUAAUGUAAAACUUGAAUCUGUUUCCUUGUAGACUUAAUUUUGAGUCCUGGUUUUGCCCUUAACGGUAGUGUUUCUCAAUCUUGGUAAGUUUAUGAUAUCUGGACGUUAUCUCCCAGAAUUCCCCAGCCAUUGAAUUGAAGUUCACACAUAAAGCUGCCAAGAUUGAGAAACACUGCUUUAGAGCAGUAUAUGAUAAGUGUCAGGGUUCCAAGUGAUACCCCCAAUGAAAGAAAACUCUGAGGCUAGAAGUUUUUCAAAGUUCCAUUUUAUUAGAGAUAUCAUAUUGGCACAUCUUGGAAAGCCCGAAUCUGAAAGCUUCCAGGUUUUCCCCAUCCUAAAGAAAGUCCAAGUCCAUUCCCCUGCACCCAUAUGUCCAUGGUCCAAUCAAUGCACUGUCCCAACUGGAGAUGUCUCCCAGUCACGCUACUCCAGGUGCAGGGCAGAAUGUUCUUGACUCUCAGAGAAAAGAAUGUUGUUAGAUAUCUCCCCAAUUCCAUACAAUCCCUCCCUCCAGUUUUCCACAGCAUUAAAUGUGGCAGCCCUGAAGAUCCAAAGAAAAAGAUGGCUUCCAGGACUGACAAUACUUCUUCAAUGUGACAACUCUCCUGAUAUUUAAAGACUGUAAACAUAUCUUACCUCAGUCACCUUUUAUGUAGGCUGAAUGUAUGGAGACUGAACUUUCCACACAAGCUUUGUUUUGGGGUCUCUUACUCUCCUCUGAAUCUGCAUCAUUUUGUCACUGUUCUUUUGAAAUUGGAACCAAGAACUGAAUAUUUUAUUGCAGGUGAGAUUUGACCACAACAGUGUGAAAUGGAAUAUUGUACUUUCUUCCCAUAGUCUGAACUGUAGGUUCCUAGUAACAUAUCCCAAAAUAGCUUUGCCUUUUAAGCAGUUGCAUCACAUUGAUGAUUCAUGUUUAACCUGUGGUCAACAAGAUCUGUUUCAGAUGUUCUACUACCAAGUGAGGUCUCCCCCAUCCUAUACUUGUACCUUGUACCUACUCUAAUGUAGAAUUUGCUAUAGAAUUUUAUCUUAUUCAUUUCAGCUGCUCAAGCCCAUCUAAAUAUUUCUAAAAUGUUUUCUCUAAAAUAUUACCACCCCAAGCCCCAGAUUUAUAUCAGCUAUAAACUUCAUAACUGUUAUCUCACCUCCAUCAUCCAAAUAAUUGAUUAAUAUUUAACAGCAUAGUAUUUUGUCACAUUCUGCUUGUUAUCUUUCUCUAAGUUGAAGUGGAGCCAUGAACAAACCCUCUGACCCUGUAUGCCAUACACUAAAGAAAGAAAGAAAUUAAUUAAAGAAUAUAUCAGAGACUUGUUGAAAGGUAUUCUGAAAUUCAGGUACAAUGCAUCUACAGUGGGGUACCCCAAAGUAUCAAGUAUUGAUCCUCAAGGGUUGAUGGGACAAUUCAAGGGGCCAUUAUGGAUUGUCACACAGUCAACCAGAUUGUUUAAACUGGAUUUGACCAGUUUUUCCCAUCUAUUGAGUCCUUCCCCAAAGACCUGGGAAAGGCAGAUGUUGGUUAUUAAUAUUAGAGGUAUUGUCCAGAAUGUAAGCUGCUCCAACAGUGGCACAUUCGUCCAGUCCAAAUUCCACUGCAAAAACUUGGCUAUAUAUUGGGACAGUGUUGAGCAGCAAUUCCAUUGCAUGUUGUUUUUCCAUACACUUUAGAUUGUCCAUGUAGAGGAAGUGAGAUAGCUUGGUAGAUAUUUUUGUUGUUUGAUAGCCCUGGCCUGACUUGUUCAGUAAUGUUGACAGAGGAAUCAACGCAAUAACAAACAGUAGUUGUGAUAGUGAGUGUCCUUGAAAGAUACUUCUCUUGAUGUUAACUUCUAUCAGUCUAUCACCACUGACCAGCAACUAUGUUUUCCACUGUGCCAUUGAUCUGUGCACAAAGCUUCUGAUGUUUCUCCUGACUCCUGUUAUUUCUAGGCACUUCAUUAUCCAGUCAUGUGGCAUGGUGUCAAAUGACUUUUAAUCAAACCAAGCCACAUUCAAAUUGGUUUUCCUUCUCUUACAGUUUUCAAAAUCAUCUUGUCAGUUAGGAGCUGAUCAUUUGUCCCUUUGCUGUUUGGGUAGUUUUCUUUCUGCACCAAUGAAAGAUGCCUAUUAGGGUUGGUCACACAAUCAGCCUUGUAGUACUUGUAGCACUAUAGGUUCAUGUAUUUAUUUUAAAAUUUCAUAUAAUAUAUAGAGGUUAAUGAACAAUCUGAAAGUUCAUGAUCAAUGAGCUGAAGAAUUUAGGGACCCUUUGUCUACAGCAUUCCCUAAUCUAUUUUGCUAGUAACUCUAUCAAAAGAGAAAGUUUUAGUUUAAGUUUAGUCAGGCAUGAAUUUUGGGAACAAACCCAUGAUGAGCAGUGUUCCAAUAUUUGAGGUCACCGUCAGAGAGGGGAGGGGUUCAAACUGUUUUCCAAAGCACCUGAAGGUCAGACAAGGAAUAAUGGAUGGAAACUGAUCAAGAAGAGAUUCAACCUAGAAAUAAGGAGAAAUUUUCUGACAGUGAGAAAAAUCAACCAAAGGAACAGCUUGCCUUCAGAAGUUGUGGGAGCUUCAUCAUGGAGGCUUUCAAGAAGAGACUGGGCUGCCAUUAAUCAGAAAUGAUGUAGCGUCUCCUGCUUGGGUGGCGGGUUGGACUAGAUGACCUACAAGGUCCCUUCCAACUCUGUUAAUCUGUUAUCUGUUAACUGUAGCUUGCCCAUCCAAGUGCUCACAGACAGGAUUGUUGAAAAUUGGACCCAAUAUUAUAUUCUUGAUAAUAUGUUCAAGGACCCUGCCUGAUAUAAGUAUCAAGCUAACAGGUCUAUAGUUUCCUGGGUUCUCCUUCUUACCCUUUGUUUAGGUGAGGACACGUCUAUCCACCAGUCUUCUAUGACCCUGCUAGUCCUCUAGAAAUUUUCAAAGACUAUCAUCCGUAGCUUUGUGAUCACUUCUAUUGGUUCCUUCUGUAUUAUCUGUAAUCUAUCUGGCCUUGAAGUUAUUUAAAUUAGCUAAGUUCCCUCCUACUUUCUCCUUGUCUAUAGUAAGCUACGGCUCCUGUCUUUACCCAGUGGCAUAAUAGGUUAGGUUUCUAUUUUUCUUUUGAAAAAACACACAUACAAAAUAGGAGUUAAUUAGUUCAGCCUUUUCACUAUUCCAUUUGCCACUUUUUGCUUACAAUGGAAUUCUUCCCUCUUUGGCUAAUUUUUGUUUCUAAUGAACCAAAUAAUUAUUUUGUUGUUUUUGGCAUCUUUCAUGAACCUCAGCUCAUUCUGAGCGUUAGUUUUUCUAAUUCCUUUUUGGAAGUAACACUGUAUUUUUAUUUAAGUGUGCUUUUGUGUUUCCAUUUCCCAUAUGUGUUUCUUUUCAGCUUUUUGGAGAACUUUGCAUAUAUCAGUGUUGGUACAUUUCUCUUAUUUUUCCUUAUGAGAAUUGUUAGUGAUUGCUCCUUUGGUAUCUCAUUUCACAGAGCUCCCCAUUCCUUCUGGACACUUUUCUCUUUCAAGAUUUUAAGAUACUGAAUGCUAUUGACCUUGUCUUAGAUCAUCAGACUCCAUUCUUCUAAAACCCAGGAUGCAGAUCUGCUUCCUUUCAAAUUCUGCUCCUCUAGAUUUCACAGAUUCAAAGACCGAAUUAUUGGUUCACUCAAGAUAUUUCACUGUUUCAAUCAAUUCCUUUUUAUGGGGCAGGAUAAGAUUCAGGAUAGCAAACCUUCUUGUUCUUUCUUUCCACCUUGUGACAAAUAAAAUUGUGAACAAGAAGAGACAAGACUUUUUGAAUAAAAUGUAGCUUUCCAGUGCUGUAUGCCAAAUAUGAGACUUUAUCCAACUUACAGUGAUGUUGAUUACAGCAUAUUUGCCUUCAUGAGUUAGGAUCUCUAGUUUAUGUUGUUUAUUUCUUAUACUCUAUGUAUUGCUGAAGAAACACCUGAAAUUUUGAGUUACUUCUCUUGGCUCUAAUUCAGCGGUCCCCAGCCUUUGCAGCCUGGUGGCCUGGGUGCGGGGGAGAGGGGAAGUCGGUCACACAAACAGUGGGCUGGCACAGACAUGCACAGCUCAACUUGCACACGCAGAAGCCCAGCAUGUGGGCAUACACUCAUGCAGCUCACCUUGCAUAGCACACCAGCCUGCCACUCAUGCAAGUUGAGCUCCAUGCACAUGGUCAUGUGUGCCCGCCCAUCGCUCACGUGACCCACUUCUCUCUCUCUCUCUCUCUCUCUCUCUCUCUCUCUCUCACACACACACACACACACACACACACACACACACACACACACUGAUUGGGCCACCAGUUUGCAAAGGUUGGGGUCUGCUGAAUUAGAUCAUGUUAUUUUUAGGAAAAUUGACAGCUCUCUUAAAGUGAAAAUGUCAAGUUUAUGGCUUAUAUAAAAGAAGUUCAGUUAUUAGAGUGCACAGCUUUCAACUCCAUUUUAGUAUGCCAUGAAUUAGCUUUUUGAACAUUAAUAAUUUAGUGGUUAUUUUAAAUCACUAUAUCAUCAUUGUUGCAUCUAAUUUUUUUCUAGUGUAAGCAUUGAAUAACCUUAAUUUAUAUACAUCUCAUAAAAAAGUAAAAUAGUGUUAUGUACUAGGGACCACCUUGGUGGGAAGGUAACAGCGUUCCAUGAGCCUUUGGCAUUUAGUCAUGCAAUCACAUGACCAUGGAAUUAUCAUCAGACGGUGCUGGUUCUUCGGCUUAGAAAUGGAGAUGAACACCACCCCCUACAGUUGGGAAUGACUAAGUGUUCAUGUGACACAGCUGCCUAUGUGUAUUACAUUGACCAGAAGCCAAGCUUCCAUUAGAGAAUCAUGGUAAGCUGACAUUCUCCAUAGUGGUAGAGACAGCAGCCAGGAAGGGGUUGUUCAGUUGAAGGACUGAGUCUGUCAGAGUUGUUAAGUCCCGCCCUUGUUGCUAGGGGCUUCCAGCUUUUGACUCAGUCCUUCAGACUGGACGGACGUGUCAGAUUGCGUCUCUUCACAUUCCUGGCUACUUCUCCAUCUUUCCAUUUCAUUGAGCAUAAUUACUGAUUCACAGUUUCAUUCUUUGUGAGUACAGAACAGCUGACUCCCAACUGUGGUAGAGUCGCUGUUGUUUUUUCCUCAACGACUGAGCUUCGGCUCAGCCGUUGUUAGGGGAAUCACAGCUCCUUGACAUUUCACAUGUGGCUAAUUUUACCUGAGCUCUCCAUUGAUCUGUCACUUUUCUGGAGUAGCAGUGGAGCUCUCGCUAUGUGGGAACUGUAAUAAUUUUACAGGAGUCUAGCGCUCCACUUCCUUUAUCUGUGGCUGACAGGAGUUUUGCGCUCCCAAACAGGCGGGGUGGGCGGCCAUUUUCUCUAAUAUCCUCGGCACGCCGGACAUUUUAAAUUCAGCUAACCUUGAACUCUGUGGCCCACUUGCCUCUCAGGUGAAAGCCCAGACGUUCCCUCACAUUAGCAGCUGUGGUUGAGCUCUCCCUGGCACUGGGACUAAAUCGUCAGGAUUCUGCUCCAUGGCAGAAUGGCUGAAUUGCCAUUUUCCAAGGCAAUGUGAUCUUUGCAGCCGGGCCAACCUUAUCAGGAGCGUUGCAUUCCAUUAACACCCAACCGCUGAUUCAGGAGCUUCGCACUCCAUUACAGCUCACGCCACCUCACUCAGGAGCUUCCCGCUCCACGGCCAUCUGCUCACUUGUCUCAGGAGUCUAGCGCUCCAGAAUUGUCAGAGCCUCUGAAAUUUGUAAUUUCCACUCCCUUGCCAGCUGGGCUCACAUUUCAGGAGCCUUGCACUCCAUUACCAUCCGGACCGUCCCUUGAGUCUUCACACUUAAAUUGUCUGCCAGGCAGCGCCACGCUAAUGAAGCUACUUAUCUCCCUCUCUACUAAUUAACUUAGGGCUUUGCUGACAGGGAGCCCAGACUCUAAACUUUGGGCAGACGGCGCUUUACACCCACAUCAGCAGCACUGCUGUGGCUAAGUGAGGCCUCCUUUUACUGAUUUAGUUGCGUACAACAAUUUUGGACAGUUUCCAGAUGGUCGUGAGUUGAUCGGAGGUUCAGAGGCCAAUUGGUUGGUUUCUGGGUCAGUCAGCAUAGGAAGAUGCCAAAGCCACUGUGCAAAUCCAAAAGAGGCAGGAAGGCCAAAGCAGCUGCAAUGGCCACCAUGGCAGCUGACUUGGAGGCCAUGUUCAAAGUACAGUACGGUUCCCGAUCUCAGCACAAAGCUAGUCACCUUAGCAAGGCUUCCCUGCAGGAUGAGCAGCACAGGGAUAAGGCACUGCAAAAGAUCUGCAUUGAUGCCAGUAAAAAAAGGGAUUCUGAACUAGCUUCCGGGGAAUAUCCCGGUAGGUCGGCUGACCUAGUGCCAGACCAAUGGUCACCGGGGGCGACUCCUGACCAGAUAUCCCUCCGGAACUGCCCCUUUACCACUUCACCCUCGGGUUGUGGGGACCUUCAUUAGCCUCACUGGACCAGCCUACCUGUGGCGAACCUUCCUUCCAGGACCCCAUGCAGGUUCCUCAUGUUACUGUCAUCCCUCCAGAUGCCGAUUUCGGGAUCGGGGAUUCCCCUUUCCAGAUAAUCUGCAAGACAUAAUCUCAAGGUCAAUACAGCAGACCCUUUCUUCCGGUUUCCAACAGCUGGGCCAGGCAUUUUCUGAGGCAUCGGUCACAUCAGACUUGUAUAUUGACCCUUGCCUGGAUGAGUUCCCAUCCUUUCGAGAUCUGGGAUCCCCAGCUCCUUCUCAUGGGAGCCUUCCAUUGCUCUUUGAGAAAAUUGAGCACAAGGAACCAGACCUUUCAAAUGAUGAAGGCAUGUCGCUUGAGCAGCCUGCCUUUACCAGCCUCUUCCCACCGGUAAUUUUCAAAUCAUUGUUGUUUAAGGCCACCAAUGCAGUUCGUUUGGGUUCUUCCCUGGAUGGGGAUGCCCCUCAGACUUCCCGUGCGUGGCUCAGGAAUACAAUAAAAUCGGGUUUAUCCUUGGAAUUUCUCUCCACCACCACCACCCUGAAGGUUUUUCUCUGCUGCUCAGUAUCAAAAGAUAAGAACAAGAGGGCCCUCAUGGAUAGGGCAGUGCAACACCUGUUAGACAUCAGAGCUAUCCAGAGGGUUCCAGCGUAUCAGAUAGGGCAUGGAUUUUACUCUCUCUUAUUUGUCAUUCCCAAGGCCUCAGGUGGGUGGCGACCUAUUCUUGCCCUCAAAAGGCUGAACCGAUAUAUUGUGUAUAAAUGGUUCAAAAUGCAGUCUCUUCAAUCUAUUCUUGCUGGCAUCAGGAAAGAUGACUUCCUUACUUUUAUUGUCCUUACUGAGGCAUACCUGCACAUUCUGAUCCGUUAUCAGCAUCAGGAGUUCCUUAGAUUUUGUUAUCUGGGUGCCCAUUUUCAUUAUAGAACAUUAUCUUUUGGGCUUUCCUCAGUGCCCUGCACAUUUACUAAGAUAUUAGCGGCCUUGGUGGACCAUCUCAUGGCCAUUUCUAUCUCUGUCCAAUGUUACUUUGAUUAUAUACUCAUUCAAUCCUUUUCUAGUCAACACUCUAUAGAAGAUCUUCAAGUAAUGAUUCAGUCUCUAAAACACCACGGCUUCUCCAUUAAUAUGGAGAAAAGCCACUUAACUCCUUUGACCCGCCUGCUCCAUCUUGGGGUGGUGACAGACUCUGUCGAAGGCAAAGUGUAUUUGUCUCAGGAGAGACAGGACAGCCUUAAGCCUUGGUGGGUAGGGUUCAAUUAAAACACAGAGUAACCUUGAAACUGUUGUCCCAGCUCCUGGGAUAAAUGAUUUCUGCCAUUCACAUCACCCGUGGGCCUGCUUUCACACUAGAGACCUUCAAUGGUUUUACCUUUCCAGAAGACGGGCAGAGGCAGUUCGCCAGCCAAGGUCCUGGUUCCAGUCAAUGUCAUCAAAUCCCUAACUGGUGGAAAACUCCGGCCAUCUCCAUGGGGCGGCUUUCCCACGAGCCCCAGUGGCUGGUGCUGACAAUGGACACCAGCCUCUUUGGCUGGGGGGGGGGCGCAUCUCCUGUCGCAGGUGGCCCAGGGCAGGUGGUCGCCCCGUGAUCUCCAACACAUCAAUUGGUUGGAGCUGCGGGCAGUCUCCCUGGCCCUCAUUCAAUUUCAGCGGUCGGUCACAGGCAGACACAAGUUGCUGUUGACCGACAAUGUGGCCGCAAAGGUGCACAUAAACUGCCAGGGGGGCACCAGGUCCACAGCCCUGAUGUUAAAAUCCAGGAGAUUGGGUCUAUAGGCGGAGAGUCACCUGGGGUGUCCAACGUGCAGGCGGACUGGCUCAGCCAGACAGCCAUUGACCACACAGAGUGGUUCCUGCAUCCAUCCCUCUUCUGGGACCUGGUGAACCAAUUCGGCAUUGCAGAGAUGGACUUGUUUGCCACCCCAGAGAAUACAUAGCUCCCAUGAUUUUACACCAGAUUUCCUGCACCAAGGACAGAGAGCAUAGACGCUCUCCACAGCUCAUGGCCACCGGGGCUCCUUUACGCAUUCCCCCCUCUUUCCCUCAGAGUGAUGCGGAAGAUCCUGGAAGAGAGGGCGGAGGUCCUGCUCCUGGCUCCUUAUUGGCCCAGGAUGCUGUGGUUCUCCGACCUCAAGACCCUGUUGGUGGCCCCGCCCUGGAGGAUCCCUUAGGGCAUGGCGUCGCUCAGUCAGGGGGCGUUAGUCCACCCAGAUCCUCAGUGGCUCCAACUCACCGCCCGGCACUUGAGCAGUGCAGUCUGAAUGGGGACAACUUCUCCAGGGUCAUCAGGACCAUUCAAGUUUCUCGGAGGCCUUCUACUGAACGUAUUUAUUCUGCUACUUGGCAGGCCUUUUGUGUUUAAUGUGGACAUGCAGGAAUAUCUCCCCUCAAGGUUUCCAUAGCCCAACUUUUGGAAUUUCUCCAGGACGGACUAGACUCUGGGCUCUCACCUAACACCUUGUGGAGGCAGGUGGCGACCCUUUCAUCAGUGCUGUUUUGUGGAUCCCUUGAUUCCCUGUCUCAACACCCCACCAUAAGGAGAUUUCUCUGGGGGCAACUAAUUUAUGUCUGCCCGUGGUACACAGGUACCCUACAUGGGACCUGUCAAUUGUACUAUGGUCCUUCAUGGGGCCCCAUAUGAACCCUUGUAGGUCACCAGUCUCCAUCUCUUGUCCUGCAAGGUCACCUUUUUAGUGGCAAUUACUUUCGCCAGGUGAAUUUCCAAGAUUGUGGUGCUCUGUGAGGAGCGAUCUCUGCAUCUUUCACGCUGAUCGGGUGGUUCUCCAGCUAGAUUCUUCCUACCUAAGAUAAACACUCCCUUUCAUAGAAUGCAAGAGCUAAUCUUACCCAAUUUCUGCCCUGACCCUGCCCACCCUUUAGAAUGCCAGUGGCAUACCUUGCACAUCUGGAGAGCCCUUCAUAUUUGUCUCAAAUGGACGGCUGAGUUCCAUAAAAUGGAAUCGUUUGUUUCCUUUUUACCAGCUUCAUUAGGUUGCAGGGUCAUGCCUUUUACAAUCGGAAGAUGGAUUUGGCAGACUAUUGCCAAGGCAUACAAACUGCAUUCCCUUCCAAAGACCACAUGUGUGACGGCGAAUUCGAUUCGGACCACAGCCAUGUCAGCGGUAUUGGCCACUCAGGCGUCACUGACAGAAAUCUGCAGGGCAGCCACUUGGACUUCUCCCUCACCAUUUAUCAAAUAUUACAAAUUGGAUAAGUUUGCCUUUGCUGAGGCGGCAUUUGGCUGCAGAGGUUUGCAAUAAGUUCAUCAGACCGGGGAGGUUUCUGACCAGACUGGGGUCCGCCCGUGAUUCAGGGACAGUCGGCUUUGGUAUGUCCCAUUCCUGUCUGCUGUCUCCACUGUUAUGGAGAAGGGGCGUUGGUCUUACCUGAGAUGAACCUUCUCGUUGGGUGGAGACAGCAGCCAGUCCCACCCUUUAUUCAGUCUGGUCUUUUCUUGCUUUUUAACUUAUUUUUCUUUC